AUGGCUGGACGUUUCACACCUCUCGUCGUUUCACACCCCACCUUCAAGAAGCUCUUGGUCUGUCCGACAGACUGGUUAUCGCAACACGGCAUGGCUCCGAAAGUGGAGACGGCGGGCGGCGUGGGGGAGCGCGUGGCGGCGUUGGAGGCGAAGCUGAGGGAGCAGGGCGGGGAGAUGGCCGCGCUGAAGGCGGAGAUUGCGCGGAUGAGGGCUGCGGCAGAGCGGCAAGCGGCGGAGGUGGCGGAAGUGAAGGCGACGGCGGUGCACUCGGAGGCGCGCAUCAACGACGCCGAGCUGGCGCUCGCCGCCAUCAAGGACGAGCGCAAGGCGGAGAAGAUCCGCGAGGAGCGCGAGGCGGGCAGCGGGGAAGGGCAUGGGGGGGGGGAGAUCCGUGAGGGGAAGAGACGGAAGUGGGACGAGGCGGGGAAUGAGGAGGAGAUGGCAGAUGCUCCUGCGGGGGCUGGGCGUGCGGUUAUCGCUGGUGAUGAUGCGGCUGAAGGAGAGCGAUAUGAGGCAGAAAGGGAGGGCGAAGCGGAGGAGGAGGAGAAAGGCGAAGACCUGGACGACGAGGUGCAGAAUCUGCGGGCGCGAGUAGAAGCGCUGGAGGAAACGAACACUGGAGGAGGCAAGUUGUGGGAGGAACUCAUCGCAACGUGGGUCGAGGUUCUUCCAGGCAGGACCCACGUGGAUCUCAUUAGGGCUUCCUUUGUCACCGACGAUGCUCUCUCUCGACUCACCUCCCUGCGAUCUCUCACGCGCCUCAGCCUACGAGAGUCCAUUGGGUUCACUGCAGAGGGGGUGACGCAGCUCUUCCCCCUCACAGCUCUCACUUCUCUGGAUUUGUCGGCGGCUACAGUCAUAACCGAUGCCUCUCUUGAAGGCAUUGGCAGCCUGCUGGCUCUUAGCACACUUUGCCUUGGUAAAACUUAUAUAACUGAUGAGGGAAUCAAGCGGCUCCAAGGGCUGUCACAGCUCACAGAUUUAUCUCUUUACGUAUGCCCAUCUGUCUCCUCUGCGAGCAUGGUGCAUGUGGGCAAGUUGACAGCACUGACAUCCCUCAGACUGGACGACAGCGCGGUGACAGAGGAUGGACUGCGGCACUUGACUGCUCUCACCUCACUCAAGCUCCUCACUCUGCCUUCAGGAGUGACUGAUUCCGGCAUGAAGUACCUGAGGAACAUGAAACUUCUAGAGACACUGGGAGUGGGCUAUGCUAAUAUUACUGCUGCUGGUGUCAAAUGGCUCAACGGGCUUAAGAGCCUCCAGGUGAUUGGAACGGAAGCUGAAGAUGUGGCGGGCUUGAUCAGGGACAACUUUCCAGGAAUGGUUGUUACAGAAGAUCCUCUCUGA